GCAUUACAAUCUUUAAAUAUUGCUUUACAAUCGGGUCAAUUAAGUACUUUUCUUAAUCAAUUAGGUUUAGACCCGUCAGCCGGUAACGGUGUUGAAGCUUUUCUUCGGGCACUUCAAGAACAAGCUUCUAGACAUCACGGGGAACAUCGUGAUGAUAAUGAAGAACAAAGUGGGGAUCGAAUGGAAGAAGAUUAG